GAACAAUUUGUUCGUGCCAAUGCGACCGGCCAGCAUUACUUGGCCAUUGCUAAAUAUAAAAGACAGCAAAGAGACUUUCAUGCACAGUUGGUUUUCGCAGUCACCCCACGUGAAUAAAUAACGAGCCACUUUCGUCCCAACUUGGAUAUCCGAGCUCGACAUUACAAAGCGUUCUGGUCAAGAAAUUCGUGUACGAAACAGAGCGACGCGAGUUCGGAGGCCGACUUUGCGUCGCUACGUUUAGAAUCUCUUAGUCGCAUGAAUUCAGACGCCCAAUUGCAGAUGAAAUCGAUAUUUAUCUUGGCCCACGGCACGCAAGUUGCUCGUCUUUAAAAAGGCCCGUUUUCAGCCGCUCCGUCAGCAGUCAUCCGGCAGGAACGGGAGGGAAGAUAAAAUCUUUGACGCACAGGUGACGAUGAGCGUUUCCAGUCAAAGCGAUCCUGUCCCUUCAGUUCAUGUCCUCCACGAAGAAUUGGAAAAUUGCAAGAAAAACAUGGACAUCUUUUUUCUAAUUGUCAUGGGUAGCAUCGUCUUCUUUUUGCAGACGGGAUUCGCGUUCUACGAGUCGGGAUCGGUGAGGAGCAAGAACGUGACCAACGUUCUCUUUCUCAACUAUGUGGACACGAGUAUCGGAUCUUUAUUUUACCUGUUGUGCGGCUACGCGCUGGCGUUCGGUGAAGGAAACGGCUUUUGCGGGACUCGAUACUUCGCUUUGAUGGACUUCCCAAACGACAAAAUGGCCCACUGUUUUUUCCAGUACACUUUCUCUGCCACGGCCGUCGCGGUUGUUAAAAGCGCCCUGCACGAACGCUCUUCCAUGACGGCUCACUUCACCUGCAUCAUCAUGAUUUCAGGCGUGACCUAUCCAAUCGUGAGUCACUGGGCCUGGAGUCCGUUCGGCUGGCUGUGUAACAUGGGUUAUCGGGAUUUUGCGGGCAGCGGAGUCGUCCACGCCACAGGAGGAUCGGCCGCAUUAGCCGCCGCUUUAAUGACCGGACCGAGAACAGGCCGUUUCGAUACGAAAGGCCAUUCAAAUCACAUCCAGCCGCAUUCCAUACCUCAAGUGGCACUGGGCGCUUUCAUUUUCCUAUUUGGCGCUAUCGCGUUCAAUACCGGAUCCAAUUUGACUGUAUCGAACGCCAAGGAUGGCCGAGUCAUUUCAUUGGUUUGCCUCAAUACGUUGAUCUGCGUUGCCGCAGCAACGAGCGCAUCGCUUUUAUACCAGCGCUACUGUACCGCAUCGGGCCGAUCUCUUCGAAACUGGAACUUCAUCAAUAUGUUGAACGGAAGUUUCACUGGAAUGGUUGUUAUCUGCGCCGGAUGCGAUCAAUAUCCACCUUGGGCCGCAUUCGUCGUCGGUUGUCUUGGCUACUUUGCGUUUCUCCUAGUUCUAAAAGCGAUGCAUCGAUUUCAAAUCGAUGACGCGACCAACUGCGUACCUGUUCAGCUGGGCGGAGGCUAUUUCGGCGUGAUUGCGGCCUCUGUUUUCGGUCAAAAUGGAAUCAUCCUGAAUCCGUCAAAGUCCAGCGCUUACGGUUUAUUGGUGAAUACGUUUGGCGGGGCGAUCAUCAUCAUCUUUUCCUUCUCCUCCAUCCUGCUGCUCUACGCCGUUCUGCGCUACUUUAAUCUACACAGAGUGAUAGGGCAAGAAGAGAAAUUAGGUUUGGAUUUGGCCAUCCAUAACCAGGCCGCCUACCACACGGAUGAGAACGAAAUCAAGCGGAUCGUUUCCAUCGAACCUAAAAGUCGCCGUAGUGCAGCCAAAGUUCUGCCGUCGGAAGGGGCCUGUUACAGACUCCGCAGGAUGGCCUCCGAGCCUCAAAUUCAGGUUUGGUAGACCGGAAGAGGCGAUUUCAAAAACUGAAAGUAAAAAGGACCAACACAUUUCUCACAAUAUAAUCCAUUACUUUCCGGGGGAUUCACUGUUAUAAUAUCAAAUAAAAUAGCUGUUUAGCUAUUAAUUAGUGAUCAACUACAAGAACCGCAGUAGCAUAACAUUUGCAUUGAAAAACAAACACAUAAUGUAAAUAAUAACGAAAUUAGUGUGCGUUGAUAUAAACAACAAA